AUGGAGGUUCCAUUGGUCAACUUUGAGAACCUGGAUGACAUUGGAAUCAACCUGGGAGACCCAAGUGAUUCAGGAUAUCCAACUUCACCUACUUCAGAGACACCAGAACCAAACCAGCUGACUCGUGGCUUGGAUACUCCGACGCAUUCACCACAAAGACAUAGAAGGCCUGGAAACACUUCAACUUCUCCUACAACACUCACAAAGAAAGAGACAUCAAGUUGCAACAGUCUCAUCUCUAACUGGAAGGUACUUAUGAACAGUGAAGGAAGUCCCAACGAGGCUCUUCUAGGCAAGGUGGCUAAGGAUUGUUGUGAUGACUUAUUUGCAGAGAAGCAGAAACUUGAGGAGGGUGACCAAAGAGUAGUCAUCAAUGUCUCAGGAAUGAUGUAUGAGACGACACAAAAAACCCUUAACCAGUUCCCUGACACUCUACUUGGGGACCCUAAGAGACGGAUAGACUAUUUUGACCCAAUGAAGAAUGAGUAUUUUUUCGACCGAAAUCGGCCAAGUUUUGAUGGAAUCCUGUACUUCUAUCAGUCUGGGGGUAAAAUCCGCAGGCCAGCGAAUGUGCCACUGGACGUUUUUGCUGAUGAAAUUGUGUUCUACAGGCUAGGCCAUGAGGUGAUGGAACAGUUCAGAGAGGACGAAGGUUUUAUCAAAGAACCUGAACCUCAGCUGCCAGAGAGUGAGCUUUACAGACAGUUUUGGCUGUUAUUUGAGUACCCAGAAAGCUCCAGUGCUGCCAGAUGUGUAGCCGUAGUAUCUGUCCUUGUUAUCACUAUCUCCAUCUGCAUCUUCUGCCUAGAGACUCUCCCAGAGUUCCGUGAAGAUCGUGAUUUUCCUCAUCAAAUUGUUAACCUAACACGUGAUGCUAACGCAACGCUCCUAUCCUCAAGCGCUCCUCCCAAACCCAUGGAAUCUGUCUUCACAGAUCCAUUUUUUGUUGUUGAAACUGUAUGUAUCAUCUGGUUCUGCUUUGAACUUGGAGUGCGCUUCAUUGUGUGUCCCAGUAAAAGUGAAUUCUUUAGCAACAUAAUGAAUGUGAUUGAUAUUGUAUCAAUCAUGCCGUACUUCAUCACUGUGAUCACAGAACUUAUGGCGACUCAGGAUUCAGCAGCUAAUCAGAACAUGUCCCUAGCCACACUACGUGUUAUAAGACUGGUAAGGGUUUUUAGAAUCUUCAAGCUAUCACGACAUUCCAAAGGACUUCAGAUUUUGGGACAGACCCUGAAGGCCAGUAUGAGGGAACUUGGCUUGCUUAUCUUCUUCCUUUUCAUUGGAGUCAUUCUUUUCUCCAGUGCCAUUUAUUUUGCUGAGGUUGACGAACCCGAGACGCAAUUUUUAAGCAUCCCGGAAGGUUUCUGGUGGGCUGUGGUAACAAUGACAACAGUUGGCUAUGGUGACAUGUGCCCCAUCACCUUGGGAGGGAAGAUGGUGGGCAUCCUCUGUGCCAUAGCGGGUGUGCUAACUAUUGCUCUGCCUGUUCCUGUAAUUGUAUCUAAUUUUAACUAUUUCUACCAUCGUGAAACUGAGCAGGGAGAGAAGCAGGUGAUGGAUGCAGCUGCAGAGGCUGCUGCAAAUCAGAAGAGUUCUGAUGAUAAAUACGAAAGCAACUUCUCUCUGGACAAGAGCAAUGGAAACUGGCAGAGUGAAAAAAAUGGCAUUCCUUGA